CCGGCGCUGGCCAUGAAGCGGCCCAGGGAACCCAGCGGCUCUGACAGCGACUCCGACGGACCCAUCGACGUGGGCCGCGAGGGCGAGCUGAGCCAGAUGGCCAGGCCGCUGUCCACUCCUAGCCCUUCGCAGAUGCAAGCUAGGAAGAAACGCCGAGGGAUUAUAGAGAAACGGCGCCGAGACCGUAUCAACAGCAGCCUUUCUGAACUGCGACGCUUGGUCCCCACUGCCUUUGAGAAACAGGGCUCCUCCAAGCUGGAGAAGGCUGAGGUCCUGCAGAUGACAGUGGAUCACUUGAAAAUGCUCCACGCCACUGGUGGGACAGGAUUCUUUGAUGCCCGAGCCCUGGCAGUUGACUUCCGGAGCAUCGGUUUUCGGGAGUGCCUCACCGAGGUCAUCAGGUACCUGGGGGUCCUGGAAGGGCCGAGCAGCCGUGCAGACCCUGUCCGGAUUCGUCUUCUCUCACACCUCAACAGCUACGCAGCUGAGAUGGAGCCUUCUCCCACGCCCGCUGGCCCCCUGGCCUUCCCUGCCUGGCCCUGGUCCUUCUUCCAUAGCUGUCCAGGGCUGUCGGGCCCCAGCAACCAGCUCACCAUCCUGGGAAGAGUGCCCGGGCCCAUCGUCCCCAGCGCCUCCUCUCUUGUUUACCCCAUCCCCCCCCUCCGCACCACUCCCGUGCGCCGAGCCGCUGGUGCCGUCCUGCCAGCCCGGAGGAAUUUGCUGCCCAGUCGAGGGGCAUCUUCCACCCGGAGGGCCCGUCCCCUGGAGAGGCCCGCCGCCCCCCUCCCCGUGGCCCCUAGCAUCAGGGCUGCCAGGAGCAGCCACAUGGCACCCCUCGCGCGAUCUUCUUCCCCCGUGCUCCCUGGCAUCAUGGGGUCCCCUGCUUAUGUGGGUGUUCCUGCCCCCAGGCCUUCUUCCCCAGGGGCUGCUGUGCUCUGCCACUCCUGGGUCUCUGAAAUCACUGAAAUCGGGGCUUUCUGAGCUGGCUUCUCCCCAGGAGCGAGGAGGGUUCUUUUUCCAGGAGCUGUAAAAACAGUGCUGUCGUCUGCCCCGCUUCCUGGCCUGCCUCACCUAUCUCUGAAGGCCCCUUCCUCCUCUGGCCCGUCUCCCCUCCUCACUGCCCGUCCACCCAGCUCUCCCGGAGCUGUCGUGAUCUCAGAGGCCUAGUGUCAUUUCUUACCUGGACAAAUAAGUCGUGGGAGGGCCCCCACUAGCUUUGCCCAGACUCUUUCCUGUCCCCCCUGCACACAGGGGGCAGCAGGCAUGAUCUAAGGUCUGGGAGCAAAGCUUUCACCUAAAAGGCACAGUGGCCUCAGGCAGGCUGCUUGCCUAGAGAGAUCAGACCCCAGCCAGAGCAGUGACUGACGGGUGCAGCCUUCCCGGGCCCCAGCACCAGGACAUAGUGUCUGCCUUGCUUCUGGAGACAGUAACUGAGCAGGGGCCCCAAAGCUGUCUCCAGAGAACCCCUGCCCACCCCAUUGCAGUGAACCACAGGACAGCCCCCCCAUCCACCACAGCCAAGGCCUGGGGAUUAGGGGCCCAGCAGGGCCUGCUCGGACCGCCUUCCCCACUGCAGAUACCUACCCUCCAGCUACCCCACGCUUCCCUGCACAGAGCUGGGAGGGGUCUGGCCAGCAAUAGGACUCCAACAAAACAGGGGCGGCGCCCCCAGACAAGAGCCAGGACGGAGCAAAGAGAACCCAGCUCCUGGCCGCUCGCACCGUCACCAGCCUCCAGAUGUGUGGUCCCUGCUGGGUGCACAGUGUGGAAGGUCAUGUUCCCAUGUGAUGGCGCCCAGAGAGGAACCCUCUUGGGAUUCAGCGCCAGACGUUUGUGCCGCCUGGUUUGUAUCCGGCUCACAGAGCCCAGACCGUGGGGACAGCCAAGGGCCAUCAGGCUGGACAAAAAUAACUGCAAGGAGGGGCGAGAGGAGGGACGGUCAGAGGCGGCUCGGCCCUUCAAGGUCACACGGUGGGUCAAGGGCCUGAGAUCCUGUUCACCCAGGAUUCCGCGCAGCUGGCUCUGCUCAGAGGCCAUUUCAUUACCCAGCUCUGCUCGGGCCACUUUUCCCCUAACAGAGGGCACAAAUGGCCUGGUGGUGUCCCAGUCGAACAGCAGAGACUGAGCAAGAUUAGGGCAGACCCAGGACUGACAGAUGGACCAGUACUGCCAGACCAGUUGUAAGAAUGUAGAACCACUUCUGUGCUUGUUGGCAAAUGUUCACUUCCCCUGAGUGCCUUUAAGUGGCCCCCUGCCCUGGGCUCCCGCAGGACCCCAUUCCGGUUAAUGCCUGGCAGACCCAAGGCUAUGGGGUCCUCCAGCUGGCAAUUCCUUGGUGCUUAUUCACACUGGUUAUUAAAUACUUCCUUCGAAUGUCACCCCCGGGAAGAUUCUUUCACCGUCACUCUUUGACGGGACUACCCUCCCCAGAGACUAAAUUGAGGAGAUCCUUGGGCUCAGAAGUAGAGUUUGCUAAAACCCUGGGGGAGAGGGCCCUUUCAGAGAAGUAGGGCAGGGGGCAGAGAUCAUUUAAAUGACCCAGAAAUCCCUUUUGAAAAAGGCAAAUUCCUCAAGAAGGCAAGAAGAGCUGAAGUGUUCUUUCAGUCCUCAGCGUUAGUCUGAUCAGAUCUCUGUCCUCCCGGAUGGCAUCUGAGAUGUGUAGCAGUGGGCGAGAGGGCGUCGUUUUAAGGAGGGGGUCGCUGGCCUAGAGUGCUCCUGAGGGAGACAGACAGGGAGGGCAGGGUGGUCGGCAGGCUCCCAGGAGUGGGGAGGGGGGGGACAGAAAGCAGAGCCCAACUUGUCCUUUCUCACAGAGGACAGGAGGGGCUGCUCCUGCUCCGAGGCUCCCUUCUUCCCCUCCUCGUCUCCCUGGCUAUCCCAGCUGGUGGCUCACUGCUCCCUUGAUGCCACGUCAGUGCCGCAAUCCUGCAGUUUGGCAGCUUGACAGCCCGAGAAUAUGGAAAGCCCGUUUCACAUUUCCAGUCCCCAACUCCAGAAGAGUCUGUUGACACCGUCGAAUGAGAUGGAAACGGCCCAGAACUUUCAGCAUCUGAGUUGACCUUGGGUUCAAUCUCCCCUGAGAGAUGGGGGUGGGGGAGAAUGGUGACCAUGUAUUUGUUUUCAGGGUUGAGGACUUGUAUCUUUUGUUUCUAUCCCCAACCCUUUCUGGUGUCCCCAACUCCUACCCCAUUGCUGGGGCUGUUGCAGGCAUCCAAUAAAGUUGUUUUC